AUGUCUAGCGAUUUCGCUAUCUAUAUUCGAGACAAACUUUUUGACAGCAAAACAUCUGUCGACCAUAAAAUCUUACAUAGUGUAAACAAGAAAGGUGAAUUUGUUCUAAAGUUCUGUUUCUGGGAAUAUGACAAGAACCAUAAAACAUUAAGCAGAGAAGUCUUAAAAUUUGUCAAUGACAGACUUGUUGACAGAGAUGACGCCUCUUGGAGAGAUGAAGUCCAACAAAACUUCUUAGAAUGCAAAGAAGACACAUGCGCUGUUCUUGAAGAUGAAAUAAAAAAACAGAAUAUGAGCUAUUAA